GUCCAACCUCUCCGCAUUGAUUGAGCCUGAACGACGGCAGCGGGAGCGCAACACAGCGCGACGGCUGUUCAUCACACUCUCCACGAUACCACCUUCGCACUCGUGGCGAGUUACAGCUCUCGUCGUGCCUCUCGCGCACCGUAGACCAGCAAACACUCUAUUGAGAUGGCGCCAACCCGCGUCCUCAUCUUCGGCGCGACCGGUGGCUGCGGCAAGCACGCUUUAAGCAACUUGUUAGACAGAGGCGUCCAGUGCGUCGCCGUCGUGCGGUCGGAAGACCGCCUGCCGGCCGGCUGCCGCGGCAAGAGCAAUCUAGACAUCGUCGUCGUCCCUGACGGACAUUUAAGCAUGGACGACGGCGCGUUCAGUGCCCUGGUCGACGGCGCCGACGCCGUCGUGUCUGUAUUAGGACACAAUUUGACCUUCAAGGGCAUGUACGGCCAACCCCGUAGAUUGUGCGCCGACACGGUAUCUAGGGUCGUGGCCGUCGCGUCCGGACGAGCCAAGCCCCUUAAACUUAUUGUAGUGUCGACGGAGGGCGUCGACCAACCCAUGAGUAAGGAUCCGCCGCGCGGCUGCGGCGAACAGGCGUUGCUGAGCACGCUGAAGUGCCUGCUGCCGCCGCACGCGGACAACAUGGCCGUCAUUGAUGAGCUCGAGAAGGCUCAUGCAAAGAUCGAGUUCUGCGCCGUGCGCCCGGCCGACAUGGUGGAUGGUGGUGAGGUACCGUAUGAAUGCCACGCCGUACUGCAGGGGGGGGCUUUCAGCGGCUUCAAGACGCACCGGGCCAACGUGGGGGCCUUCAUGGCCGACCUCGUGACCGAUGAUAGUGUGUGGGCGAAGUGGAAGAACUCGUACCCGCACUGCUACGACACGCCGGCGGACAAGAAGGGGGACUACUAGUUGCCGGCACGCCAUCGACGCGACGCAGCAAUCACGAGAGUGUCGCGGCGAUGGCGUCCCGCCGCGCGACACCAGUGGCUGCCAAACGAUGCCCCGUUGUGACUAAUCACGUAUUUCUGUACC